UGCACCAGCCGCUCUUCCCGCCCAACAGAGCCCCAGCCUGCCCCCAACAUGGGUCGACAGAAGGAACUUGUGUCCCGCUGCGGGGAGAUGCUUCACAUUCGCUACCGGCUGCUGCGCCAGGCACUGGCUGAGUGCCUGGGGACCCUCAUCCUCGUGAUGUUUGGCUGUGGCUCCGUGGCACAGGUUGUGCUCAGCCGGGGCACCCAUGGAGGCUUCCUCACCAUCAACCUGGCCUUCGGCUUCGCUGUCACUCUGGGGAUUCUCAUUGCUGGCCAGGUUUCUGGGGCCCACCUGAACCCUGCUGUGACCUUUGCCAUGUGCUUCCUGGCGCGUGAGCCCUGGAUCAAGUUGCCCAUCUACGCCCUGGCUCAGACAUUGGGAGCUUUCCUGGGUGCUGGGAUAGUUUUUGGGCUGUAUUAUGAUGCAAUCUGGGCCUUUGCCAACAAUGAGCUUAUAGUCUCAGGCCCCAACGGCACAGCUGGCAUCUUUGCCACCUACCCUUCUGGACACUUGGACAUGGUCAAUGGCUUCUUUGACCAGUUCAUCGGCACAGCCUCCCUUAUCGUGUGUGUGCUGGCCAUUGUUGACCCUUACAACAACCCUGUCCCCCGUGGUCUGGAGGCCUUCACCGUGGGCCUGGUGGUUCUGGUCAUCGGCACCUCCAUGGGCUUCAACUCUGGCUAUGCUGUCAACCCUGCUCGAGACUUCGGCCCCCGCCUUUUCACCGCCAUUGCUGGCUGGGGCUCUGAUGUCUUCACGACUGGCAAACACUGGUGGUGGGUGCCUAUUGUGUCCCCACUCCUGGGCUCCAUUGCUGGUGUCUUCGUGUAUCAGCUCAUGAUAGGCUGCCACCUGGAGCAGCCCCCACCUUCAACCGAGCAGGAGAAUGUGAAGCUGGCCCACAUGAAGCACAAGGAGCAGAUCUGAGUGGGCAGAGGCUGUACCCCACUGCUCCCUCCCUUGAGCAUUCACUGACUGUGCAGGGGCUAUUCCCUUGAAGCCCCCUCAUGACCAGCCUAAGAAGCUCCCUGCUUACUCCCUCCUUAUUGGACAGCCUUUAAGGAUUUUCCACUGGACUCUGCCCAAAUGGGACUUCAGGCCACUGUUCUUAAGCUGUGGUGUGACAAGGGCAAGGCCAACAUAGCUCUCUGUCUCCCAAAGGGAGAGAAUGGGCAGCAGGUGUGUGUGUGUGUAUGUGUGUGCAU